AUGUCCGCAGACCUGUUAGCAGAGUUUGGUCAGACGCCUGCCCCAGACAAUAAUUCCAGACAGCAGCCAUCGCAAUGCCAAAAAAACUCAUUCUUCGAUGACGACGAGAAUAUCGAUUUCUUCGGGUCAUCGGGAAGUGUGCAGCACAACAAACGUCCCAAUCCGACCUCGGAAACAGUCAGUCAAUUUGCAGCUCCAGCAGCUCCAUGGCAUGGCCCUGGUCAGGAAUUUAACCUUCCCUUGAAUCCACAUAGCGAUGUAUUAUUUGAUGCAGCAUUCGACACACCAGCAAGUGAUGCAGACGACUGGGGUGAAUUCGAGGGCCCCGAUUUAAACACUCAACAUGCACAAUCGACAACUCUUCAACAAUCAACGACAGCCACAUUGUCAAAUCAAGAGCCUCGGCAGGAUGCUCCACAGGUUUCCAAAACGAUUGACUUGCUAGAUUCACUCUCAAUGCAAGACUCGACACCAGUUGUGAAACAUGCGUCAAAAAUUGCCCAAAGGAACCAAAACCUCGGACCUAGUAAUGACCAACAUCAGGCGGCAUGGGAAGAUGAUUCGUUUGUCCCCAAAAAGGGAACAAAAGCACCUGCAAAACCGCCUGUCAAACCCAAUAAGCCGCCUGCAUCAACCUGGGAUGACGAUGCCUUCGACGACUGGGGUGACUUUUCAGAUGGGCCUAGUGUGGAGGCUGUGUCCAAAUCCAAAUCCAUCUCACCACCGACAGUCCCUAGCCCAGCUCCUAGUAGCUCUGUUUCUGGGGCCACACCCCCCGCAGCCAUCGUCCGUCCAACAAACAUCCCGCCGCCAUCAGUCCUUCUCGAGUUAUUCUUAGACGUGUUUGAGAAUCUUCAGAAAGAGGCGGUACUCGCAAAAUCCCAGCUGCGAUCCUCGGCUCCACCGUCAUCAUCUUCAAGCACCAUUUCAACGACAGCCUUAAGUAUUCACAAUGUACUUCAAUCGGCCGCCCGUGUAAUUGCAGGGCGAAGUCUCCGGUGGAAACGUGAUACGAUCCUUAGUCAGAGCAUGCGAAUCGGCCCUGCCCGUUCCGGAAAAGCCGGUGGUAUGAAACUUAACAGCGUGAACAAGCAAGAGAACAUCAAAGAAGAACAAGAUGCCGUUGAUGUGCUUACUAUUUGGCGUGAACGGGCGGUGAUUUUCAAUGCUGUUCUACAAGCGGCAGGCCAGCGGCCGAUCCCUACGGUCCCAGAUCCUAGUGGGCUCAAGGUUAUUACGGCGCGGGCGGACCAGGGGGCACUGAAAGCCUCCCAUCCGUGUGCACUUUGUUCGCUUAAGAGAGACGAGCGGGUGUUAAGAGUCGACGAAUCAAGUGUUCAAGAUAGCUUCGGGGAGUGGUGGACUGAACAUUGGGGUCACACGGCAUGCAGGCAAUUUUGGGAGAGGAAUCGAAAUUUGCUUGGGCAGCGUUGA